AUGGAUAUGAACACCAAGGACUUCAAGAAGUACCUGAGGAGAGGAAAAUGCUCUUCUAGAAAUGGAAACUAUAGCAAGUCAAAAGCUCCCGAGAAGCAAACCAAUGAUAGCUGCUACAAGUAUGGAAAGACGGAUCACCACAUCAAGAACUAUGAAAGCUCAGAUGAUGAUGAAGAUGAACAAGCAGUUAUGGCAAUCGGAGAAUCUGAUGAAGAAACUGAGGGAGUUGAAUCCCAAAAAUCUGAAGACUCUUUCAAAUAUGCAACUGAGAGGGAAGAAACUGUUUCAUCUGAAACGGAGGAGGUAAAAUUUGGUCCUAAAGUUACAUCUGUAGUAACCUCUAAGGUUACUGCAAAUUUGGAAACUAGAUUUGUUCUGGAGGGAAAAAUGACUGGGGUAGAUACCGCUGAGUUUGAGAAAAUGGGUGGUAAAAAUAAAAAGGGAAAAGAAAAGGAGAGUGAGGGCGCUCAAGGUGAUGUGAGGGGAAUGGGACAAGAAGUGGCUGAAUCUUCACCCACUCCUGUUGGUUUGACUGACGCUAUUGGGGUUAUGGAAGGAGGGAGUGAGGAAUCGACUAAAAAAGAGAAAAGUGUGAAAGAAAAAGGGGGAAGUGGAUCUGGAGAAGCUGCUGAGGGGUUGAUUAGAUUAGGGAAGAAGGUUCAAGAACCUGUUCCAUCUGAGCAGGAACCCCUUGAAGACUUACUGAAAAAGGUGUGUAACAGUUACAAUCCAACAAAGAAAAGAAGUUCAAGAGUUAAAGUCCCUAGUACUGGUAGGGCAAACAAGAAAAGAAAGGCUGCCUCGUCUAUCCCAGUAGAGACUUCUCCUACAAGAGGAAGAGCUACAAGGAGUCAGAAGAAGCAGAGCGAGGCUGAACUGGAAAAGGCCUUAAAAGAAAAGGAGGUAGAAGAAAUGGAGGUCGUGACUCCAAAGGCAAAUAAGAUCAAGACUUCUACAAUGAAGUCUGCUUCAAAGACAAAGUCUGCAGGGCCAUCCUCCUUGGUCAAAAGAACCAGGUAUACCUUGAAGUCCAGAAAAGUGAAAACAGUGGAGAAGAAGAAUGGAGUAGAGAAGAAGAAGAAGAAGAAGAAUCUGAUGCUUAGAAGGACAAGAUGA